GCGGCUCCGCCAGCGCAUUCUUCACCAAACCGGAAUAACAGAGAUCUGACAGGACGAACCACAGCCUACAGAGACAGCGCCAGACAGGGGGUUUACAGCUACACCACCCCUCAACCAGUCCCGACACACUCGGCGUCUCCCAGUGUCUCCACAAACGGGAACGUGUCGUGUUGGCGAACUUAACGGAGACUUUAAGCGGGACGGAAGGGUAGAGAAGCAGGCAUCCGGUUAGACGCGCUGGCUCAGCGGGCUGGAGUCCAACUUGAGCUGGACACUUUCGCUCAUUCUCGUCGGGAUGCGCCCUGGACUUUUUUAAACUAAAUGUACGUCGGUUUUUGAGAUGGUGAAUGAACAAUGAAUAUUUGGUAACUCUUAUCCUUGCGCUUGGUUGUUUUUGGUUAGUAACGUAGUACAUUGUAAUACAGGAAACCUGGAGCAGUAACGAAACCUCAGAUGUGAUUUAUCUACUCAGCUGGCUGGGAAAAUAGUUUAGUUUUGUUUACUGAUCACAUCAGUCCAUUGUAUAGAUUGGCUGCACAAUUUUAAAAUCAGUUUCGUUUUGUUGCUAGUGUAGUUAAAGUGAGCUUUACUGUGGUUUUAAAAGCUCUUUGCCAAGUCUCUCAUAGGGUUUGGUUUAUGUCUAUGCAUAUUUCUUGCCAGCAAACCUGUCUGAGUUCCUGACUGGUUAGAUCAUAGUGCCAGUGUAAUAAUAACAGAUUUAUAAAGGGAGAUAAAAACAACAGAACAGAUUUGAUCUCAAGCUGUUCUGCUUUUCUUUUGUAUAUAUAUAUAUAUAUAGGCUGAAUUUCCUAUGAUAGGUCUUUAUUGGUGAGGCUCAAUCUGGCUGCCAGGUGAUAUUUUCUGCCUGAAACCUUUGUGCUAAGCUGACUGAUAGCGAUGACAUUUCCCAAAAGUUGUUUUGUAUCUUCAGACUUUAUUAUCAGUUCUUGUUGCAAAUGCUGCAUCAGUAAUAUUAGCUAACAAAAGCUCAGUUUACCCCAAAAAUUAGUCACGGCAUCUUCAAUUGUGACAACAUUUUUACUAGAUAUUUUUGUUAGCCAACUUUUUCCUUUUUUUUGCUACACCUAAUGCCAGUUGACUAGAUAAGUCAAGUUACAGUCUCAAGCUCGUUCAUUAAUCUAAGUUAGUCAGGUGUAUUUUUUUAUUAAGUCAUAUACUAGGUCCUGGUGAAUACAUACACCAGGUGAGACAAGGUCAAGUUUAGUAGUCAUUAACGGAUAUCACAGCUGAAUAAAAAUGUCAGGACAGUCCAUCACGGAUCGCAUCGCUGCGGCCCAACACAGCAUGACUGGAUCGGCCAUCAGCAAAGCCGUCUGCAAGGCCUCAACGCAUGAAGUCAGUGGACCCAAAAAGAAACACCUUGAUUAUUUGAUUCACUGCACCAAUGAGAUGAAUGUGAACGUGCCCCAGCUGGCCGACACUUUGUUUGAAAGGACCGCCAACAGCAGUUGGGUCGUGGUCUUCAAAGCUCUCAUCACCACACACCACCUGAUGAUGUAUGGAAAUGAGCGUUUCAUUCAGUAUCUGGCCUCGAGAAACACACUCUUCAAUCUCAGCAAUUUCCUCGAUAAAGGUGCAUUGCAAGGCUAUGACAUGUCCACAUUCAUCAGGCGGUACAGCAGAUAUCUGAACGAGAAAGCGCUUUCUUAUAGAUUGGUAGCCGUGGACUUCACCAAGAUGAAGAGAGGUAUCGACGGGGUCAUGCGCACCAUGAACACAGAGAAGCUGAUCAAAACUUUGCCCAUCAUUCAAAACCAGCUGGACGCGCUGCUGGACUUCCAGGCCAACCCGAAUGAGCUGACUAAUGGUGUGAUCAAUGCUGCCUUCAUGCUGCUCUUCAAAGACUCCAUCCGUCUGUUUGCUGCCUAUAAUGAGGGCGUUAUCAACCUGCUGGAGAAAUAUUUUGAUAUGAAGAAAAAUCAGUGUAAAGAUGCCUUGGAAAUCUACAAGAAGUUUCUGUACAGGAUGACCAAGCUGUCAGAGUUUCUCAAAGUGGCUGAGCAAGUUGGGAUUGAUCAGGGUGACAUCCCAGAUCUCACUCAGACGACUAGAGGAUCUUACCUUGCUCCCAGCAGUCUCCUGGAAGCUCUUGAGCAGCAUCUGGCCUCUCUGGAGGGCAAGAAAACCAAGGAGCUCUCUGCAGACAACAGAGCAAACACUCUUUCCAAUGCUGUGUCGUCCCUGUCCAACACGGGAAUGUCCUUCAGCAGGAUGGAUGAGAAGGAGAAACAACAGGCCCUGGAAGAAGAACAAGCCCGUCUGCAGGCACUCAAGGACCAGCGUCUAAAGGAGAUUGGUAUGCACACCCCCUCUGCCUCCCCCAGCACACAUUCUAUGGGCAGUGCCAACAACCAUACCGCAGGCAUGGACCUAUUUGCCAACAACACAAGCCCAAUGUCAACUAACAGCAUGCCAAACCUCAACAGCGACCUGUUUGACCUCCAGCCUGCCUUCGUCCCUGCCGUGCAGAGCACUCCUAUCACCACCAACAGCAGUGCCUGGGGAGGUCUAGAGAGCAGCACUCUUCACCCCAUGACUUCCAUUCCCACCAUGAAUGUAGAUUUUGAUGCAGUAUUUGGGACUAAAACAUCUGAUAGUGACGUGAAGCCUUCAGCUGGUUAUGAUGCAUUAGGAGACUUGUUGAAACCUACAAUGACGGUUCACAGUCAGGCUCCUGUAAUGCCUCAUCAUACAGGUGGGAAACUGCUGGCCAGUGACCUGGACUCCUCUCUGGCCAAUCUCGUAGGCAACCUGCAGUUUGGGGGAAUACCAGGCAAAAAGUCUGAUAUGCAGUGGACUCAGCCCGGAGAGAAGAAGUUAACCGGUGGCACUAACUGGCAGUCGAAGACGAUGAGCAGCACCACUGCCUGGAGCCCCGCCCCCAUGCCACCUGCCGCCAUGCCACCUGCUGCCAUGCCCGUGCCACACAUGACUGGAAUGUUCUAUACUGGUUAUGCUCCUGCUCCCAUGGCGUUUCCCAUGACAACACCUCAAGUGCCUGUGUAUGGAAUAGUUCCUCCUCAGCUGGGACAGAUGGGAGGGGUUCCACUGAUGACCCAACAGCCCAUGUUAUACAACCAGACAGUUCUCAGACCCACUAACCCCUUCACCCCCAUCCCAGGAGCCCAGAUGCAGUUCAUGUAGUAGCACUUCAGCAGAUGGCUGAAGAAGAGGAUCCAACUACCACCAAAUGAAAGGAGGGAGAGGCAGACAAACAGAGAGGGAGAGAGAGCAAAUGGAGAGGAAUGUGUUUGCAUCAACAAUGCUUUACCUCAUUGUCUGAAAUGGCUCACCCAACACACAAACACACACACAGGUCUCACUAUAUUAGUGAGGGCAUCUCAUAGAUUCCCACCGCUAUCAUAUCAGGCUCACGGCAACCCCUCCCCUACCUCUAAAACUCACACAAACCCGUGAACAACGUCAGAUUAAUAAAAACACAAUUCGGCUGAUUUCUAAGCAUUUUUCACUACUGAGCACUUUGUUGUUUUUAAAAUUAGCCCUUGAAGGUAUCUAAACCUGUAUACAGCCAGACUAAAUGACAGUGUGUUUUAUUAUUCAUCUCUAGAGUGUCAUUUCUUUCCUAGGGCACUGCUUCUUCCAUAGAUUUUAUUGCGAAUCUUAAAUUACCUUGUACAGAAAAUUCUUGUUUUACUCGACAAUUAGUAUGAAUUGGAUCUGAAGCCCAGCACUUACUGUCAAUGCUUUCUUGUGCUGAUGAAAAAUGCCUUAAAGGGUAGAUGUUUCUAGAUUAUAGAUGUCACACAUGUUUAUUAGCACAAUGCUUCUCAUUUUAAAAACAAGGAACGGAUUUGAUCCCCCAAGCACUUCACACGCGCAUUUAUGUGUAACAGAAAUUUAAUGAGCUGGUCUCUGAAACGUUAAUAGUAUAUCAACAAAUGACACGUCUUUAUUUACAUUCAGUUUAAAUGGUCAAAUCUGUGUUUAUAUCAGGUUGGGGUUGCUGCUUCAGACACGGCGGUAUUAUGCAAACACCUGGAUGUGUUACUUGAGCCACAUAAAGAGCCUCUCUCCCUCACCUCCCACCUUGUUGUGUCACCCCAGGACACUGAUAAACAUAUCUGUUCCUUGUCAGCUGUGUGAGACCCCGCCCACGUCUGCAACCCACCCAGGGAAAUGAGUAAAAUGAUAACGUUAGUUGAGAGGGCGAAUAAACAUAUUCUGUUUCUGAUUAGGAGUUUGUUUUAAAGCUUUGUUUUUCGAGAAUUACACGAAUUCAGUCUGUUGCACAUUUGCCAAAUGAUGAAAUUUGUGGUUUGAGUUGUAACUACAGUAGCAAAUGGACAUCCUCACAGUAGCGAAUUUAACACACAUAUCAGUGUUUGCCAACUUUUGAACCAAAAUGAAUCGCUAAAGUCUGGAGUUUUUGUUAACAGGGUUUAUUUUUGCUUGUGCAGCCAAAGUGUUUAAUCCUUUAACCCUUUAUAGAGCGGAUUUUCAUGCCAGCCUUCAUCCCAUAAUUCCUACUGUAUUUCUUGCGUACCACAUGCAGUGAUGUAGGCUUGUAUUCUGCAUAGAUUGGCAGUAUGAUGACGUCUGCCAGUGAUUAAGUGUUUAUUUUUUUACUUUUUUUUUAAAGGGCAAAGUGUGGAGAUGUAGUUGCUGACCGUUGUGCGUGGCCAGGGAAGAUGUUACAGCCCCAGUUAGAUUAUAUUUUUGUGCAUUCAACAUUGUGACCAACAACAUAUAUGAUCAUAAGCUGAACUUUUUUUGACAGAAUAGCGCAGCUUACGUUUACUGAUGUAGCUUGGCCAUCCUUCAGUCACACAGGUUUAAUUCGGAUUUAACCCAACGUGUGUCGUACACGAAUAAGAGAGUGGAAAAAUCGUGAGCCUUUAGGGAGGGUGAAAGAUCUCGAGACAUGUUAGGGUGCUAUCAUGAGCCAGGGUUUCCAUGGUAAUCUCCAGUUUCAAUUCCUUGCGGUCUUAAAAAUCCCUGUGUUUUGGCACAGGUCGUUGAGCACAUGUUUUCCACAUUUUUUGACUCGAAACGUUAUUCAGACUUCUGCCCUUCCUGUGGUGUAGCCUACACUGUUUCUUUCUUUGAUAACCACUUACUUGCGUUUGCGUUCACGUUACUUUGCUAACUUCUUAAUGUUAGAUUAUGGUUCACCACUUGCAUGGGUUGACUGUGUUCACUUUAUCAUCAUUUAUGGCACCCUCCACGUCUACCACUGCUCAGCGUAGAGAUGUCCACCUCUCUCCCUCCCUCUAGUGGUUGUUGUUCGUUUAACCCACAACAUGCAUCAUCUUUCAUGCCAGGAUGUGUUAGUUUAAUUGGAGUUUAACGUGAUGCGAUUGUGCGCGCAAAGCAAAUACGAUAUCGGAGUGUCUCAGACUCUACUGCUUAUUUCUUCAUAUUUCCAGACCACUUAGACUGAUUUUACACGUCUAGGCUGGACUCAUUAGCCGUCCCGCAGUGCUCAGCUCAGCAGAAUCGAUGUGUCAGCUUGUGGUGCACGUCCUGGACAUCCGGUGGGGAUUGUCUGUGUAAUAAGUUGGUAUCCAGGGUCCCUUUCAUCUUAGUGUUGUCGGGAGCAGCUCGACUUCUCCGACUUUAUUAACAUGCAUGCUUUGUUUUUAGAUCCAGAUUGUGUUUUUCCUUUAGGGUAGACCGUUUGUCCGCUGAAUCGUGUGUUGUGCGCUUGUAUGUCUAGCAACACAUUUUUAUUCGUAUCUUUUUUUUUUGUUACGGAAAUUAUAUUUAGACAUUUGUAUUCAAUAAGGCUUUGUAAUCCCUGUGUAUCAGCCCGGGGUUUCAAGGCUGCUGUUUUUGCCCAUUUAUCAUCCAAUGCCAAAAAGGAGAACGCCAACCUCCGCGUUUAUGCUGAUUUCACCACCACCUGUACAUUUUUGUAUUUAUUUAUGCAGACCAUAAUGAUUUUAUGCAAAAUAACAUGCAGAAAUCUUGGGAUUGUUUAACUUGUAUUUUCUUUCAUCGUCUUUCAUUUUGUCUGAUAUAAAUAAAGUCCUUUUUCAUUCUUAA